CGUACGGCCGUCCUUGCGUCCCGCUUGCCUCCUCACCGUCAUUCCCCUCAUCCCCCAAUCCAACUGCUGGUCAGUUCUCUCCACGGGCAGUACUAUCCUCGAACUGCUCGUGUCAUAAUUCGAACACCAUCAUGUCCUCUGCCACCCCACCUUACGAAGUCACUCUCGAAAACGUUGCUCACGUCCUCCAGCAUGACACCCGAGUCAAGCUGGCCGGUGUCGACGUCGAUGGCAUGCUCCGCGGCAAGCUCGUCUCCAAGAAGAAGUUCCUCUCCAUCGUAGCUGAUGGAUUUGGCUUCUGCUCCGUCAUCUUUGGCUGGGACAUGCAUGAUCGCACGUAUUUCAAAGAAUUGACCAUCAGCAACAAGGAGAACGGGUACCGCGAUCUCGUGGCAGUUCCGGAUCUGAGCAGUUUCCGUCGCAUUCCAUGGGAGAACAAUGUGCCAUUCUUCCUAGUCAGCUUUCUGGAUCCCGAUACGAGUGAGCCGGUCUGUGCUUGUCCGCGGGGAUUAUUAAAGUCCGCCCUGGGGAAGGCGGAGGCCGCGGGGUAUCGUGCCAUGGCGGGGGCGGAAUAUGAGUUCUAUCAGUUCCGCGCACCAGGAACACACUCCAACCCUGAGCGCAAUGCGUCGGCCACGGCCACCUUUCUCAAGGAGAACCCUGUCGAGUCCCUUCCCCCGCUGACGGAAGGCAUGUUCGGGUACAGUCUGACCCGUCCCAUCCACAACCAAGACUACUAUUAUGGGGUAUUCGACGCGUGCGAGCAGUUCAAUUGUGAAAUCGAGGGUUGGCAUACGGAGAGCGGUCCCGGUGUAUAUGAGGCGGCACUACAGUUCGGAGAGGCCAAAGAGAUGGCCGACAAAGCUGGUCUUUUCAAAUACGUCGUCAAGUCGAUUGGCACCAAACACGGCAUCACACCAACCUUUAUGGCCAAGCCACGCGAGGGAUUACCCGGUAAUAGCGGACACAUGCACAUCUCACUGGUCUCGAGCGAUGGGAAGAAUGCGUUCAUCCGCGAUACGGCCGACCCGAACCCGCCAUAUCCCGAUGUGGCUUAUCUCUCCGACCUAGGGCGACAUUUCCUUGCCGGGGUCCUUACUGGUCUUCCUGAUAUCAUGCCCAUGUUCGCACCCACCGUGAACUCUUACAAGCGACUGGUGGAGAACUUUUGGGCGCCCGUUACGGUAUCCUGGGGACUGGAGCAUCGGGCGGCCUCAAUCCGGCUUAUCACCCCACCUACCGCGAGCGCAAAGGCAACCCGGCUGGAGGUGCGUGUACCCGGGGCUGACGCAAACCCGCAUUUUGUUCUAGCAGCAGUUGUCGCGUUGGGGUGGCGGGGUGUGGAGAAGAAGCUGGAGAUUCCGGUUCCGCCCCUGUCCAAAGGCGAGGACAUGGGCGGGGCAAGCGAUAAGGGGGUCCGAUUAGCCAAGUCACUGCGGGAAGCCACGACGGCGUUCAUGCGCAAAGACAGUGUCGCACGGGAGGUCUUUGGCGAUGCAUUUGUGGAGCAUUUUGGGGGCACGCGGGAGCAUGAAGUGCGCUUGUGGGAGGAGGCCGUCACGGAUUGGGAGGUCCGACGGUAUAUUGAGACGGUGUAACCGGAUGGACGGAGCUGCCUGUACAGGCCAGCAGCUGGCAAGAUUAGAAGCCCGUGUUACUCUGUUAAUUUUGCUUCCCUGUUUUGCCCAGACUGGUCCAGAUCGGACGGUACAGAUUGGCUGCAGACGAGUCCGUGGCAACCCGAGCUGGAGCUGGGGUCGGGAGAGCAGCGGAAGCUAGAGUUGACAGCGAUCACAUGCGUUCACAUGUGGAAGAGAUGACUGGAUGUACUUUUUGAUUUCUGUUUCAUAGUAGGUGUGUGGCAUGUGCGUAGCGACAUGAAUGAGCAUACAUAGAGUAGCUGUGGCAUUUCCAUCAUGUUCGAGUUUUUUGCAGCCAUGCGUGAGUCACAACAGCAAUGAUUGAAUCAGCUCCACAUUAUCACCAAAAAGCACUGUAUCACCAUCGGGACAAGUCGGUCGAGUGUAGGCGAUGGCCGGACCGCAGGAAGCUUUGCCAGGACGGACGGAGGAGAGGAGCAGACAGGGCAGCAGGAUGGCGGCGAACCGCGGUUGGGAGGAAGGCUCUCGGGCCUGCGGGGAGUUUAGGAGCUUAUCAACAUCCUCGGUUGACUGCCUGAGUGGCUAGUGAGGUGCAAGAUGCAGUCUGCAAGCUGGGCAGCUGCAACAGAGCCAGCAACUACCGACCCACGUCGGGAAUCAUCUCGAGACCUUCCUGGAUAGUUAAUAUAGUG